GGACGGACGCCCCCGCACACGCAGACGCACAGAGCUCGGCGCGGCCCCCGUCACACACACAAUCGCGCAGACACACACACAGGGACACACGCAGACACACGCACACUCGCGCGCGUACAUCCUCCCGCCAGCCUGCCUGCCCGCUCGCCGGCGCCCGGAGCCCGCUCUGGCCGGAGUGAGAGAGAGAGCCUCAACGCUGAUGACUCCGAGGGAGGGGCCCUGGACAUGUGCUGCUGUGAGAGGCUGCCGGGUCUCCCCCAGCCGGUAGUGAUGGAGGCGCUGGACGAGGCCAAAGGGCUCCCCAAUGUGCAGAGAGAGAUGCCACCGCCCCCACCACCCUCAGAGCCAGCUCAGAAACCACCACCUCAAGGCACCGGGAGCCACUCCCUCACUGUCAGGAGCAGCCUGUGCCUGUUCGCUGCCUCACAGUUCCUGCUUGCCUGUGGGGUGCUCUGGUUCAGCGGCUACGGCCACAUCUGGUUGCAGAAUGCCACAGAUCUCAUCCUCUCCUGGCUCACAAUCCUGAAACCGCUGGGACCCGCGGCCUGGCUGGGCGCAGGGACCUCGGGAGUCCCCAGUCUGCUGCUGGUCUCCCUGUCCGUGGGCCUGGUCCUCGUCACCACCCUGGUGUGGCACCUCCUAAAGGCUCCCCCAGAGCCGCCCACCCCGGUGCCCCCAGAGGACAGGCGCCAAUCUGUGAGCCGCCAGCCCUCCUUUACCUACUCAGAGUGGAUGGAGGAGAAAGUCGAGGAUGACUUCCUGGACCUGGAUCCAGUGCCCGAGACUCCUGUGUUUGACUGCGUGAUGGACAUCAAGCCUGAGGCUGACCCUGCCUCACUGACCGUCAAGUCCAUGGGUCUGCAGGAGAGGAGGGGCUCCAAUGUCUCCCUGACCUUGGACAUGUGCACCCCGGGCUGCAAUGAAGAAGGCUUUGGCUAUCUCGUGUCCCCACGUGAGGAGUCAGCCCACGAGUACCUGCUCAGUGCCUCCCGCGUCCUCCGAGCAGAGGAGCUCCAUGAAAAGGCCCUGGACCCUUUCCUGCUACAGGCCGAAUUCUUUGAAAUCCCCAUGAACUUUGUGGAUCCAAAAGAGUACGACAUCCCUGGGCUGGUGCGGAAGAACCGCUACAAAACCAUCCUUCCCAAUCCUCAUAGCAGAGUGUGUCUCACCUCGCCCGACCCUGAUGAUCCUCUGAGUUCCUACAUCAACGCCAACUACAUCCGGGGCUACGGUGGGGAGGAGAAGGUAUACAUCGCCACACAGGGACCCAUUGUCAGCACGAUCGCUGACUUCUGGCGCAUGGUGUGGCAGGAGCACACACCCAUCAUUGUCAUGAUCACCAACAUCGAGGAGAUGAACGAGAAAUGCACUGAGUAUUGGCCAGAGGAGCAGGUGGUGCACGACGGCGUGGAGAUCACUGUGCAGAAAGUCAUUCACACAGAGGAUUACCGGCUACGACUCAUCUCCCUCAGGAGUGGGGCCGAAGAGCGAGGCCUGAAGCAUUACUGGUUCACAUCCUGGCCGGACCAGAAGACCCCAGACCGGGCCCCCCCACUCCUGCACCUGGUUCGGGAGGUGGAAGAGGCAGCCCAGCAGGAGGGGCCCCACUGUGCCCCCAUCAUCGUCCACUGCAGUGCAGGGAUCGGGAGGACCGGCUGCUUCAUUGCCACCAGCAUCUGCUGCCAGCAGCUGCGGCAGGAGGGUGUGGUGGACAUCCUGAAGACCACAUGCCAGCUCCGUCAGGACAGGGGUGGCAUGAUCCAGACGUGUGAGCAGUACCAGUUUGUGCACCACGUCAUGAGCCUCUAUGAGAAGCAGCUGUCCCGCCAAUCCCCAGAAUGACCACGCUUCUCUUCCAAGGUCCACUGGGCACUGCCCAGCCAGAGUCUGGGCCCUCACUACAGUCAUCCAGGGCCUUUCCUUGGGUCUGGCCUGCUCCCCUGAUCCUAUCUGUCCCUCUUCCUUCUCUUUGAUCUGGGCCCCUACCCCCAGCAUAGCUCUUCCUUCUGUACAUAUUGGGGAGUGUGGCAGGGUGGGGGAGGAAUGUGCCAGGCCAGGCCUGGGGCCCCAGGGCCUGAACCCCCAGGCAGACCUGGGGCCUUAGUUUUUAAUGAUGGUUCCAUUGCUACUUGAUCCAAAAUGUUUCCAUGCCUCACUCCAAGUGUCCUCCUGCUGCAGUGUGUUCUGUCUGU